UCCCCGCCCCUUCCCCCGGCCGGUACGCGGCCGAGGAAGCCGUCCAGGGACCCACCGACAGGCCGACAGACAGACGAACAGACGGACGGCGCCCGAUGGCCGGGCCAGGCGAGCCCUGCGCGGGCCCGGGGGUCUGGAACCAGACGGAGCCUGAGCCUGCCGCUGCCCGCCUGCUGAGCCUGUGCUUCCUGAAAACGGCAGGGGUCUGGGUGCCCCCCAUGUACCUCUGGGUCCUUGGCCCCAUCCACCUCCUCUACAUCCACCGCCAUGACAAGGGCUACAUCCAAAUGUCCCGCCUCUUCAAGGCCAAGAUGGUGUUUGGGUUCGCCCUGGUAAUCCUGUGCAUCUCCAGCGUGUCUGUGACUCUUUGGAGAAUCCAGCAGGGAACGCCCCAGGCCCUCGAAUUCCUCAUACACCCCACCGUGUGGCUCACCACAAUGAGCUUCGCCGUGUUCCUGAUCCAUGCCGAGAGGAAGAAGGGCGUCCAGGCGUCUGGGGUGCUCUUCGGGUACUGGCUACUCUGCUUUCUCUUCCCAGCCACCAGCGCCACCCAGCAGGCCUCGCAAGGGGAUUUCCAGAGCGACCCCUUCCGCCACCUGUCAGACUACCUGUACUUGUCUCUGGUGAUGGCGCAGUUUGCACUGUCUUGCCUUGCUGAUCAAGCCCCGCUUUUCCCGAAAAGGCCCCCACAGGCUAAUCCAUGUCCUAAGUCUGGGGCCUCCUUCCCCUCCAAGGCCAUGUUCUGGUGGGUUUCUGGGUUGGUCUGGAAGGGCUACCGGAGGCCACUUGGGCCAAAAGACCUCUGGUCACUUGGGAGCGAAAACUCCUCGGGAGAACUGGUUUCCCAGCUUGAAAAGGAAUGGACAAGGAACCGCAGCGCCACCCCGCGGCACACCAAGGCGACUGCAUUUAAAAGGAAAGGAAGCGGUAACAAGGAGGCCCCAGAGACGGAGACCCUCUUGCAGCAACAGCGGGGGAAGAGGGGCCCUCUACUGCGGGCCAUCUGGCAGGUGGGCCGCUCCACCUUCCUCCUUGGGACCCUCAGCCUCAUCGUCAGUGACGUCUUCAGGUUCACGGUGCCCAAGCUCCUCAGCCUCUUCCUGGAGUUUAUCGGGGACCCCAACACCCCGGCCUGGAAGGGCUAUCUCCUCGCCGUGCUGAUGUUCCUCUCCGCCUGCCUGCAAACAUUGUUCGAGCAGCAACACAUGUACAGACUCAAGGUGCUGCAGAUGAGGCUGCGAACGGCCGUCACUGGGCUGGUGUACAGAAAGGUCCUGGCUCUGUCCAGCAGCUCCAGAAAGUCCAGCGCAGUGGGGGACGUGGUCAACCUGGUGUCUGUGGACGUGCAGCGGCUGACCGAGAGCGUCACCUACCUCAACGGGCUGUGGCUGCCGCUCGUCUGGAUAAUCGUGUGCUUUGUCUACCUCUGGCAGCUUCUAGGACCGUCUGCCCUCACCGCCAUCGCUGUCUUUGUGAGCCUCCUCCCUCUAAAUUUCUUCAUCACCAAAAAGAGGAACCACCAUCAGGAAGAGCAAAUGAGGCAGAAGGACUGUCGGGCGCGGCUCACCAGCUGCAUCCUCAGGAAUGUGAGGACGGUCAAGUACCACGGCUGGGAGGGAGCCUUUCUGGACAGAGUCCUGCACAUCCGGGCCCAGGAGCUGGGCGCCUUGAAGACCUCCAGCCUCCUCUUCUCCGUGUCUCUGGUGUCCUUCCAAGUGUCCACGUUUCUGGUGGCACUGGUUGUAUUUGCUGUCCAUACUCUGGUGGCCGAGGAGAACGCCAUGGACGCCGAGAAAGCCUUCGUGACCCUCACGGUUCUCAACAUCCUCAACAAGGCCCAGGCUUUCCUGCCCUUCUCCAUCCACUCUGUCGUCCAGGCCCGGGUGUCCUUUGACCGCCUGGCUGCCUUCCUCUCCCUGGAAGAAACUGACCCUGGGGCUGUGGACUCGAGUCCCUCCAGAUGCGCUGCUGGGGAGGACUGCAUCCGGAUACAGGAAGGUACCUUCGCCUGGUCCCAGGAGAGCGCUCCCUGCCUGCACAGGAUCAACCUCACGGUGCCCCAGGGCUGCCUGCUCGCUGUCGUCGGUCCCGUGGGGGCAGGAAAGUCCUCCCUGCUGUCUGCCCUCCUCGGGGAGCUGGCCAAGGUGGAGGGGUCCGUGAGCAUCAAGGGUCCGGUGGCUUACGUGCCCCAGGAGGCCUGGGUCCAGAACAUGUCUGUGGUGGACAAUGUGUGCUUCGGGCAGGAGCUGGAUGCACCGUGGCUGGAGACGGUCCUAGAGGCCUGUGCCCUGUGGCCAGAUGUGGAUGGCUUCCCUGCAGGGGUCCACACCCGAACUGGGGAGCAGGGCAUGAAUCUCUCUGGGGGCCAGAAGCAGCGGCUGAGCCUGGCCCGGGCCGUCUACAGGAAGGCUGAUGUGUACCUGCUGGAUGACCCCUUGGCAGCCCUGGAUGCCUGUGUUGGCCAGCACGUUUUCAACCAGGUCAUUGGGCCUGAUGGGCUGCUCCGGGGGACGACUCGGAUUCUCGUCACCCACGCACUCCACAUCCUGCCCCAGGCUGAUUGGAUCGUGGUACUGGAAGAUGGGGCCAUUGCAGAGAUGGGUUCCUUCCAGGAGCUGCUGCACAGGAAGGGGGCCCUGGUGGGCCUUCUGGAUGGAGCCAGACAGCCAGGAGAUGGAGGAGAAGGAGAAGCAGAACCCCCGGCCAGUGCCAAGGACCCCAGAGGCUCUGCCGCAGGUGGGAGGCCUGAGGGCGGAUCAGAGAGGUUCAUGAAGUUAGUCCCUGAGAAGGACAGCGCUGCUUCAGAGGCCCAGACAGGGCUUCCCCUGGAUGAUCCUGAGAGGCCAGGAUGGCCGAAAGGAGAGGACCGCACGCAAUAUGGCAGGGUGAAGGCUGCCAUGUACCUGACCUACCUACGGGCAGUGGGCACCCCGCUCUGCCUCUAUGCCCUUUUCCUCUUCCUCUGCCAGCAAGUGGCCUCCUUCUGCCGUGGCUACUGGCUGAGCCUGUGGGCAGACGACCCCACCAUGGACGGGCGGCAGACUCACGCGGCCCUGCGGGGCUGGGUCUUCGGGCUCCUGGGCUGUCUCCAAGCAAUCGGGCUGUUUGCCUCCAUGGCCACAGUGCUCCUCGGUGGGAUCCGGGCAUCGAGCCUGCUCUUCCAGGGGCUGCUGUGGGAUGUGGCCCGGUCUCCUAUUGGCUUCUUUGAGCGGACACCCAUCGGGAACCUGCUCAACCGCUUCUCCAAGGAGACGGACAUAGUAGAUGUGGACAUCCCAGACAAACUCCGGUCUCUACUGAUGUAUGCCUUUGGACUCCUGGAAGUUGGGCUGGUGGUUACAGUGACCACCCCUUUGGCUGUCGUGGCCAUCCUGCCACUGCUCCUCCUCUAUGCUGGGUUUCAGAGCCUGUAUGUGGCCAGCUCGUGCCAGCUCAGACGCCUGGAGUCAGCCAGAUACUCGUGUGUGUGUUCUCACGUGGCCGAGACAUUCCAGGGCGGGCCAGUGGUCAGGGCCUUCCGGGUCCAGGGCCCCUUUGUGGCUCAGAAUGACGCCCACGUGGAUGAAAGCCAGAGAGUCAGUUUCCCACGGCUGGUGGCUGACAGGUGGCUCGCUGCCAACCUGGAGCUGGUGGGGAACGGGCUGGUGUUCGUAGCUGCCCUGUGCGCAGUGCUGAGCAAGGCCCACCUCAGCCCCGGCCUCGUGGGCUUCUCUGUCUCUGCCGCCCUCCAGGUGACCCAGACGCUGCAGUGGGCCGUUCGCAGCUGGACAGACCUGGAGAGCAGCAUUGUAUCGGUGGAGCGGUUGAAGGAUUACGCCCAAACGCCCAAGGAGGCUCCCUGGAAGCCGCUUACCUGUGCAGCCCACCCCCCCUGGCCUCGUAGGGGGCAGAUUGAGUUCCGGGAUUUUGGGCUGAGAUACCGACCCGAGCUCCCGCUGGCCGUGCGGGGCGUGUCCUUCAAGAUCCAUGCAGGAGAGAAGGUGGGCAUCGUUGGCAGGACAGGGGCUGGAAAGUCCUCCCUGGCCGGAGGCCUGCUGCGGCUCGUGGAGGCGGCAGAGGGCGGGAUCUGGAUCGACGGGGUCCCCAUCGCCCAAGUGGGGCUGCACACACUGCGGUCCAGGAUCACCAUCAUCCCCCAGGACCCCAUCUUGUUCCCUGGCUCUCUGCGAAUGAACCUCGACAUGCUCCAUGAGCACACGGAUGAAGCCAUCUGGGAGGUCUUGGAGAUGGUGCAGCUCAGAGCCGCAGUGGCCAGCCUGCCCGGCCAGCUGCACUAUGAAUGUGCUGACCAAGGCAACAACCUGAGUGUGGGCCAGAAGCAGCUCCUGUGUUUGGCACGUGCUCUUCUCCGGAAAACCCAGAUCCUCAUUCUGGACGAGGCCAUGGCUGCUGUGGACCCAGGGACAGAGCGCCAGAUGCAGGCCGCCCUGGGGAGCUGGUUUGCGCAGUGCACAGUACUGCUCAUUGCCCACCGCCUGCGCUCUGUGCUGGACUGUGCCAGGGUUCUGGUCAUGGACGAGGGGCAGGUGGCAGAGAGUGGCAGCCCGGCCCAGCUGCUGGCCCAGAAGGGCCUGUUUUAUAGGCUGGCGCAGGAGUCAGGCCUGGUUUGAGCGUGGCCCCUCCAUCCUCCUCUGGCCCUACCUACCCGGAGAUUCUGCCAAGCCCUGGAGACGUGCUGACCUGGGGUCAUCAGUGGCCCCAUGGAAUUGAGUCUAGACGCCUUUCUACUCUCUGGGAGGAGAAAGUGCCAUAUCAUCCCAGAGCCAGGAGGACACAGCCACCCCAUAGGUCAGCCUGAUCAAGGCCCAUCCAACCCCUUCUAUCCCAGAACCAAAGUCAACAGCAGCUCUCUGCCCUGGCUGCCCCCUGGACUCAACCCGGGACCCACAAACCUGUCUGUGCCCAGGCUCCACCACAGACCAAUGAAAUCAGAAUCCCUGGGACCAGAGCAAUUGUGUAUGUACCUUUUACAGAGUACCCCUUCUAUUUUGAGAUGAUUACAGAUUGACAAGCAGUUAAAAAAAAAAAAAAAAGUCCAGAGAGCUCCUGUAUACCCCUUCCCCACUAAUAGUAACAUCUUUCCAUUUUAAGUAUAGCUGAUUGACAAUGCUGUGAUAAUUACUACUGUAUAGCAAAGUGAUUAUAUAUAUUAAAUAUUCUUUUCCAUUAUGAUUGUAGGAUAUUAAAUAUAGUUUCCCUGUGCUAUAUAUACAUCAUAAAAUAGUCAUAAAAUAUGACUAUCUUAACAAUUCUUCCAGUUCAAGAGCAUGGAGUAUCUAUUUCUUUGAACCAUCUUUGUUGUUAGUCACUCACUCAGUCGUAUCAGACUCUUUGCAGCCCCAAGCAGCACGGCAGGCUUCUCUGUCCUUCACUAUGUCCCAGAGUUUGCUCAAAUUCAUGUCCAUUGAGUCCGUGAUGCUUUCUAACCAUCUCAUCUCCUGCUGCCACCUUCUCCUUUUGCCUUCAAUCUUUCCCAACAUCAGGGUCUUUUCUAAAGAGUUGGCUCUUCGAAUCAGGUGGCCAAAGUAUUGGAGCUUCAGCAUCAGUCCUUCCAAUGAAUAUUCAGAGUUGAUUUCCAAUUAGGAUUGACUGGUUUGAUCUCCUUGCAGUCCAAGGGACUUUCAAGAGUCUUCUCCAGCACCACAAAUUCCCCUUAUUAAUAUCUUAAGAGUUCUCAGCAAUAUGUCUUUUACCUCCUUGGUGAGGUUUACUCCUAAGUAUUUUAUUUUGGGGGUUGCAAUUUUGAAAUUUUUCUUUUACAUUCCCUUUCUGACAUUUCAUUGUUCGUGUAAAGAAAUGCAACAGAUUUCUAUAUGUUAAUCUUGUAUCCUGCUAUCUUGCUGAAUUUAUCAGUUCUAGGUUUUGUGUGGAGUCUUUAGGGUUUUCUAUAUACAGUAGCAUAUCAUCUGCAUAUAAUGACAAUUUUACCUCUUCCCUUCCAAUUUGGAUCCAUUUCUUUUUCUUGUCUGAUUGCUGUGAAUAGGACUCCCAGUACUAUCUUGAACAGAAGAGGUAAGAGUGGGCAUCCUUGUCUCAUUCUGGACUUUAGCAGAAAGGCUUUCAAAGUAUUCUGUCAGCUGUGGGUUUGUCAUAAAUGACUUUUAUUAUCUUGAGAUAUGUUCCCUCAGUACCCACUUUGCUAAGUUUUUCUCAUGAAUGGCAUUUUGUCAGAUGCUUUUUCUGCAUCUAUUGAGGUGAUUAUGUGGUUUUUAUCUUUUGUUUAUGUGGUGUAUCACAUUGGUUAUGUAUGUUGAACCAUCCUUGUGAACUUAGGAUAAAUCCCACUUGGUUGUGGUAUAUGAUCUUUUUAUGUGUUGUUGGAUUCAGUUUACUUUUAUUUUGUUGAGAAUAUUUGCAUCUAUACUCAUCAGAGAUAUUGGCCCAUAAUUUUCUUUUUUGGUGGUGUCUUUGAUUUUGGUAUCAGUGGGAUGGUGGCUUCAAAGAAUGUCUUCGAGAGUGUUCCCUCCUCUUCAGUUCUUUGGAAGGGCUUGAGGAUAGGUAUGGUAUGUUAAGAUAGAAUUCACCUAUGAAGCCAACAGUAAUGUCUUAAAAGACAAUAGAUUAAUAUCACAACCAGGAAAUUGACAUUGGUACAACCCACAGAUCCUGUUCGGAUGCCCAGUUUUACUUGUACCCACUGUGUAUGUGUUUCCUUUCUAUUGCAUUGCAAUUGCAUCACCCACACAACUUCCUGCAUCUGCCACAGUUGGGAUGCUGCCCGCUUCCAUCUCCACAUGGACCCGUCCACC